AAAUAUGAUUGAUGACCUUCAUAGAUUCCGAUAGUGCCCAUGGCGCGAAUGUAGGCCACAGUGGGGCACCCAUUUUAGAGCAUCUACGUCAGAGACCUUCAAAAACAGAAGACGCUUCACUCGUGUGCCACGAAUUGAAGACACCACUCUUGUGGACGUGGCGGCUUGUGAUUGGACAGAGUCGCGGAAAGGAUGCGCUUGAUCCUUGCCCGCCGGUUGCCCUUGGUUACUGAAGGAAUCGACUGAUCAAGGUUCAUGCGAAAGGCUACGGUGUGAUCCGGUAUCGCUUACGGUGGUAAUCCUCGGUGUGUGGUAGGUAGAGUCCGGACGCGCUAAGCCAAAGGCUCACUCUAAUUGGUCUCCACUGGAAAAGGUACCCAAGUCUUGCUAGCUGAACACCCAGCUGCAGCCAAACCAGAAAUUCCAAGGUCUGACUUGGACAGCUGUGUCCUGUGGCUUUAACGGUUUACUAUAAAUUGACACCGAAUAACCUGUGGGACGGCAGGGCCUGUGUUCGCUGGGAAGCUGCCGAUCGGCGGAGCGUUUUAGUGUUGCAGCAAAUUCUUCUAGCCAUUCCGUGCCACCAGGGGUACUUUUAGCAACGGACUAAUCACCAGGCGUGCCUGAGGGUCGGCUGUAAGCCGCGGCGGCUUCGACUUGAGAAACACCGGGGAACACCUCCCAGCCGGAGACCAAGGCUUUCAGUGUGCAGCAGCUAAAGGAUUCUGCGUUUGUUUUGCGUCCUGAUAUUUGGCCGAUUGAACGAGCGUACUGUAAGUGUAACAGAAAGCUGUAAGGAAUGCGUUAACCGCUGCCGGAUUGAAGAAAGCUGUCAGAGCAACCGACAAGGCUGCUGCAUCGUGACGGAAGGCUUCUGAGAUCUCCAACACUUUCCCGGGAAAACAUUCUUCAGACUUGUGGUCCCUCAGUACUCGUAAGACCGCAACGAUGCCCGGAAUAACGUGGUACCAGUGGAUCCGGCCGUCCGACAUCCACUUCACGGCCGAUAUGGUCCCCUGCAAGUUCAGCAACGGCUCGGACAUGCUGGAGACCUUCAGGCAGCUUCUCUUCAACGAGAUUAAGAUUUCGGACAUACCCAAGAUUGAGGUUAUCUACAAAGACGGCUCGUGGUGGGCGUAUUUCGGGAACAGGCGGCUGUGGAUUCUGCGGGAGGUGGAGCGGCUGGGACGGUGUGCCGCCGUCGAGUGCAUAGUCCUCCCAAAGGACUUCUGUAGCGACGAGAAAUGGCUGAAAAAACUGAAGAACCGAGACGAGGGAAAUUCUGUUGGCGUUGAGAAAACGGAGAGGUUCGACAUCGAGUAUCAAACCAUCAUUGAGGCAUGGCGGAAAAAGACUAUCUAUGGCAUGGACGCGCCGACUCAGCUGGAAGUCAUGAUGGGGAAAGAGGCGGGCAGCCCGACCCCCCGGAGCCCACGUGACAAGGCGUUCACGUUCCCCAACGGUACCGGCACAAGCGGCUCCGCCACAAAGUCAGCCACCAAGACUGUGGGGCAGUUCUUCAAGGACCUCGUGCUAUGCAGCGUCAUCGUGUCUACUAGUGCAAUCGGAGCCCUCACCAUGGUCAGUUAUUUCAUGGGGAACAGUCUUGUUGCAACGACGAUGAAGAGCAUUCUCGCUGAGUUGGACUUCCCCUUUGACUGGGCUGAAGAAGAGUGAGUUCUUCCCCCCGAGAAGGUUGGGAUAAAUGACAACCUCCGUAGGUGUGUUUUAACGGUGCCGUCGCGGGCACAGGGCAGGAUGGACCGUAGUUUGGAACAAACAGACAGUCGGUACUUGGGAAGAAAGACUGGCCACUUGGCUGAGAACUACGGACACAGGACCACGGUUUGAGCACCACCUGAUGUACCACGCAGCGCUACGCACAGUAUGGCACAGGAAAACAGCUACUAGUGCUCAGGACGACAGUCUCGACAAUAUAGUCCUGCUAUUGUCCAACAAGUGCCGAACAACAUAAUAAACUGAGACUGAUGUAGGACCGUUCUUUCGAGCACUUCACCCUGUGAGAGCAUAGUAGGUCCUGAUGAAUUCUUUCCCCUGUUUUGUUUGCUACAAGCCCCUUUAGUCAAGAGGAACUUGACUAUCCGCCUGCAUAGAAUGGAACUGAUUGAGCCUGAAGGCAAGGAAGGAAAUGGUUAUCCGAUAUCAAACACAAACAAACUACAACAAACAUCAGCUAAGAGGCUUGUUCACUAGCGGAAUUAUAUCCCAUACGAUGUGCAAAGUCAGGACAUGUACAUAUAGUCUUCAUUUUUAUUCUUAGUAUCGUUCAGAAAUGAAGUGAGAUGUGCAAGGUCACACCUGUACAAUGUGUUUCGUCACAUUGCAUUAGCAUCACCAUCCAUCAACAUCUCUUAUCAUAGAUAAGGUUAGGUUACAAGAUAAUACCAGUGAUAAACUAACCUUCAACUGGUUUGGGUGAAAUGGGUUUUCUUAAUUCAUGAUCAUGUCAUUGUUCAAAUAAUAGACAAACCAUUACUAAAUCGAAUGCGUCAAAUGCCACGUUACAACUCCUUUCCACUAGAGGCUACCACUGACCAGCGGCUGACAGCGACCAAUUUGGUACAUAAAUCAACGAAUUUCAAGAUUUGAUUUUUAAGUCAUACUUUUGUGUCGUGCAUUAUAUUCCAACAAGAAAAUCAAUGGUCACACAUAACCAAUUCUAGGCGCUAAACGGUCGCUCAGCGAUCGCCGUCUACUGGAAGCCGCUCUGACUGGAAACUUAUAUAAACACAUUUUAUUGUUGUUACUCUCUUUAUGUAGUUUGCCAUACAUUGUACCAUGUGCAAUUGUCGUGCAAUAAAGUUCUAUAUAAAAGGGGAAAUUGUUCUGUCGGCAGUGCAACAGAGUUAUAUUUGCCACUGCCGGGUCGUGAGGCUACUCUGACCAUCAGUAGGCGUGAGAGGCAGCGGCAAUAGUUGGGAUAUUUGACCGAGCAAGAGGGAUUACGAUGGCCUAAUAUAGCCGUGACACAGAUAAAGCUAGCAAUUAGCGGUGCCCAGGAGAACUGCAUCGAACAAGACUGGGAUACAUGGUGACGAUAUCUUCGCCGGUCUAGUUGUACGUCCCUUUCCAGAUUCACACGAACCAAACUGUACUUCGCACGACUGUUAAAUAUAUUACUUUAACCGACUCGACUUUUCUCGAGCUGCAACACGUAAAUUCUCGCGAGACCAACUACACAUGCAUGGGGGACAGUGGGGACGUAUGUGGAGUUCAUCUUGCACAAACAGAAGAAGUCUCUCCAAGUCGAAUAAUAAUAUUACAAAUACAUUUAUCAUGGAGAAUUGUGCACGUGCAUAUGAACAAGAUGCACAUAUAUGUAUACCCCAUCAUUAUACCAAAUCAGUCAAGAUAUGAACAAAAUAUGAAGAGACAAACUGUUUUGGUCACAAUGACAGAUAUAUCGAUAGUCGUUACUCCUUUUUGUGCUGUAACGUUAGUACCCCGUAACUAUCACACGUAGUAACACUUGUCGGUAGUGUACCAUUGUAUCAUAACAUCCUAACACAAACCAAGUAGGUAAAUCUCCUUGGACAAACCUGUACAUGUCCUUAUGAUGAUAUGUUUCCUGUAUGUGUUGUCUGGUUAUGUAAUAACAGAUGGAAUGGUGUUGAUGUGACGAGAAGGGUGGGAAUGAUAGGAACGAGGAGAGAGCCUGUUGAGGACACGAGUGUACUUAUGUCCUACAUGCAGGGUACAUGAAGUCUUCGUUGGAGCGAUUUUGUUCUCGAUCAGUCUGCGUAUCUGCAGUUAUGACAAAACACGCAAGCCAGUGCUGCUGACAAACACCAUCGCUCGACUGGACGGAUGCUUGAAUGUCAGUGGACGAGAAAAGGUGCCGAGUUGACUGAUCAUGAUCAUUUGAUGUAGAAAAGAAAUUCUGAACAUGUAAGCACCAGUGGCCAGCACAGUUUUGAACUGUUGUUUCAUAAGAGCUAUGAUGUUUGUGUUGACGAAAAACUGUAACCUCAGAUUGUAUAAACUUAAUCAUAGUACAUGUGAUAUCAUCACUGCCUACUUAUAUUCCAUCCUUAGAGAACAGCCAUAAGUUAUACGUAUUCAACAAUACAUUUAGUACAUGUAUUUGCUAGUACUAGGUCAGGAUUGAAAGGACGUCAGUUGGCCUAGUCAACUAGGAGAAUGAACGGCCCCGAUGUUUAUGUAGUAUCGGAUUCACUAAUAUCAUUGGAAUAAAAAAACACAAAUG